GGAGGCCAUGCCCUGCGCUGGACACCAGUGGGACCAGGGAAUAGGACGACCUGCUUGGCCUGGAAGACGCAAAGCAACCCACAGCUCCCGUCACCAUCAGGGUGCCAUGGGACAGUGUCACAGAGAGAGCAGCACUGCAGGCCCACAGCCCCACAGCCAGGGGCAGCACCUGAGCAAGUGACACCCCAGCCACCCCUGGGGACAGCAGGCUGGGGACAGGGGCACAGCAGGGCAUCCUGGGGCUGGGCAGUGCAGCUGGGACGCGGGGGUGAAGCUCGGCAGGUCAGGGAAUGCCAUGUCAGGGGCCCCAAGCUCAGCGAGGGAGAGGCAGACAGGUCAGGAUCUUCUCCCCCUCCCUGCCUGCCCAGUGGGGCCUGUGGGCUCCAACGGGGCUCUCCUCACGGAGCAGGUGGCAGCUGCCACCACCGGCCACCACAAUGGGCGCCAGCGCUCGGUUGACGCUGCGCUGCUCAGGAAAGCCAAGCGGCGUGUGGAGAAGGCCAUUAAGGAGAAGAAGAUCUUCGCGGUGCGGGGCCCCUACCCUGUCAUCCGCUCCCUGCUCCGGGCUCGGGGCUGGGUGGAGAGGAAGCUCCCCCGCGAGGGCAGACGGCUGAAGCAGCAGGUUGGCGGCCAAAAGAAACAGCAGCCGGAGACAGAGCCAAGUGAUGAUGGUGAUGAGCAGGGGGAGGCAGUGCUGAACCCACGUGGUGGGGCACAGCCUUCCCUGGGGACCACAGAGCCCCUGCACUACCCAUGGCCACGCAAUGAGGAGGUGGAGGAGGAAAAGGAAGAGGAAGAUGAAGAUUAUGAGGACUCCGAUGAAAUCCAUGACCUCAUGUCCUACCUGGUGCGGGACCAGGUGCCAAACUUCCUGUGGACCAUCCGCCUUAGCUCCAUUGACCAGGAGCUCCUGCAGAGGAUUGAGGUGGUGAACCGCUAUCACUGGGUGCACGCCCUCAGCACCAAGGAGGGGCUGUGCCUCAGCCUGCAAAACCUGCCCUGGUUCGAGCAAGCCGACCCCAACACCUUUUUCCCCCGGUGCUACCGGCUGGGGACCACGGAGGAGCGAGAAGCUUUCAUUGAGGAUUUCCGCCUGACGGCAGCUCGCAGCCUGCUCAAACUGGCUCUGAAGAAGGCUGGGGACAGGCUGGUGGGGAUGGAGCAGCCCCCAAAAUCCAACAAGGGGCCAGAAGGGCCAGGGUCCUCCUUCUCCUCUCCCUCCCGGCUGGCAGAGGAGGCCCUGGAGGUCUGCGAGCAGCACCUGGGUGUCCUAGAGCACCAGGACAUCGACAGGAAGACCCCGUCGCCCUGCAGGACGUGCAUCGACUGGAACUGCUUCCUGCAGGAUUACUACUGCGCGGCACAUGAGGGGGCCGGGCUGGCGCUGAGCGGGGCGCAGCGGGAGCGGUGCCAGGACCUGCUGCGGCGCCUGGCGGAGCAGCUGCCGCAGUUCAGCGUAGAGGGCGAUCUCAACAUCUGGAUCCUCAAGCCCAGCGCCAAAUCCCGAGGCAGGGGGAUCGUCUGCGCGACGCGGCUGGAGGAGGUGCUGCAGCAGGCGCGGGGCUGCACGACCCCCUCGGCGCGGGUGUGCGAGUGGGUGGUGCAGAAGUACGUGGAGCGGCCGCUCACCAUCUUCGGCACCAAAUUCGACAUCCGGCAGUGGUUCCUGGUGACUGAUGGGAAUCCCCUGACCGUCUGGUUCUACCAAGACUGCUACCUGCGCUUCUGCUCCCAGCCCUUCUCCCUGCGCCACCUGGAGCAUUCCAGGCACCUCUGCAACGUCUCCGUCCAGAAGCAGUACAAGGAGUCACCUCACCAGGACCCCCGCGUGCCCCCCAGUAGGGUCUGGUCCAGCCGGCAGUUCCAGGCAUACCUGGCACGGCUGGGGCGGGCGGAUGCUUGGCAUCAGGUGAUGGUGCCCGGCAUGAAGGCAGCGAUACUGAACUCUCUGCGCUGCGCCCAGGACCACAUGAGCUUCCGCAAGGGCAGCUUUGAGCUCUUUGGGGCCGACUUUCUCGUGGGGGAGGACUGCCAGCCCUGGCUGCUGGAGAUCAACUCCUGCCCCACCAUGAGCCCCUCCUCGGCCGUGACCCGACGGCUCUGUGCCAACGUCCAGCGGGACACGCUGCGCCUCGUGCUCGACCGCAAGGACGACCCCAGCUGUCCCACUGGCGCCUUUGAGCUCAUCUACAAGGAGGCAGCUGCGUCCCCGCGUCCGGCUGUGGGGAUAAAUCUGAUGGUCGAAGGCUGUUCCCUGAAGAAGCCCCGGCCAGCAAAGCGUCGAUUACAGGAAAAGCCCCCCACCAGUACAGCCAGUGCCCCCCAGCUCCCCGUGUCCUCAGAGGGCAGAGCCACACAGGCGCCCCAGCCGAGAGUGCCACAGCGGAAGCUGCCUCCUCUGAGGCAACAGAGCAGCUGCUGCAAGCCCAGCUCUGGCCCUGUAGCACCGCCACAGCCCCCGGACUCUGCUGCUGGGAGCCAGGAGCUGCCAUGGCUCCUUCACCUGGUUGUGCAGCCUCAGGAAGCUGAGCCCCAGAAAGCUGCUCAGCCCCAGGCAGCUGAGCCCCAGGCAGUUCUGCCCCCAGUCAGUUGCCAUGCCCUGGAUCGGGUGCCUGUGCCACCGCCCCAGGGAGCCCCCAGCACCCCCCGGCAACCCCCGGACUGUUCUGCCGGGAGCCAGGGGCUGCCAGGGCUCAAUCACCCGCUUGGGCAGCCCCAGGCAGCUCUGCCCCCAGUCAGUAGCCAUCCCCUGGAUGGGGUGCUUCUGCCACCUCUCCGGGGAGCCCCGGGCUGCUCUGCCGGGAGCCAGGAGCUGCCCUGGCUCCUUCACCUGGUCGGGCAGCCCGAGGACGCUCAGCCCCAGGAAGCUCCGCCCCAGGCUGCUUGGCCCCAGGCAGCUCUGCCGCCCAUCAGGGGCUGUCGCCUGGCUAAGGCGCCUGUGCCACCGCCCCGGGGAGCACCCAGGAGCCCCUGGCGACCCCCGGGCUCUGCUCCCUCCUUCCGUCCUGCCAGACCACUGCAUCCACCUCUGCUGGAACAGAGCACAUCAGGUCGCAACAGGACACAGAAGAACUGGGACACAGAGACAUCCCCACGAGGGGACAGCCCCCUCCCCACCCUUGCUGGGGAAACACUGCAGCACCCGGCUCCCUCCCACCCCAACGAGACCCCACUGCUGCGUCACGGGAACCGCCUCAACCCGCACACGGGCCUUAAUACACUGCUGUGACAAGGAGCCUGGCGUGACCUUCUGUGUGCGGGAGGUGUGGGCACAGCUGGGACUGCCCGCGGGAUGGGGGCGUGGGCAAAAACUGGGGCUGCCCGAAGAGACAGGCAGGACCCUGUGGCUCCCCAGUGGUUGUGCUCACCAGGGCUGUGCCUGCUCCUGCUCCCUGAGGCCUCUCUGGGCUGGGCAGUCGUGAUUGUGGCAUGAUUUGUGUGUGAUGGACACAUAUCAGUUGUGUGAUCAGCAUGUGCCAAGUGCAUGAUACAUCAGCUACAGAAAGGCUCUUGUGUUUCUGGCAGAGUUCUGGUGUGGGGAUUAGCUGGGAGAGCUCUCUGCUCUUAGAACCAGUUUCUCAGCUCUCCUCACUGCAAGUACCACAGAGUUCUCCGCACUUGGGAACUCCUGCUGCAUUAAGGUACAGGCCAUUUUCUGCUGGCUAUGUUCACCAGGGCAGCUGUGAGCAGGUGGAAGAGAACUGGAAUGCACAGGGAACAGGCUAACCUGGGCAGCAGCAGGGGCAGUCUCCUACUUGGAAAACAUUUUUGCAUGACUAGUCAACUCAUUCAGGUGCUCAUUCAGUAGCCCAGAGGCAGAAUUGGAGCAGAGAGGCUUGUCUGGAGUCAAGAAGCAUCUUUCAAGGCUGUUCUCAAGGAUGGCAGUGAGGAUGUGUUUAGAGACUCUCCCUUGUGCAUCAGAAGUGGAGUAGGAGUCUGUUACAUGAAGCAACAAUAGCAGCAAAGGAAGAUUUUAGGGAUGUGAAAGCAGAUAUCACAAGGAGAGUCGAGAGAUAAAGCUGCAGAACUUAAAACAGAUGCCAGCAGAAGGAAGGAUGUUGAACAAAAGCUGGAAGCAAGCUGUGAGAGAAGGAAAGAGACUGUGCUAAUGGACUGGUUAUGGAAAAGCUGAGUGAUCAUGUGGUGAAUGGUUUUAAAGGGUACCAAGGGAUAGUCAGAGAGAGAGAGACCUUGGUAACAGAGAGCAAAGCUCCACUCUCCCGAGUGAGAGAUCCUUCUGGGAAGCUGAAUCAGUUGUGUGUCAGAAAAUGUACCGAGAACAAGGAAAUUUGCAGGUAGGAGUUCAAACAGAUUAUGACUCUGACUCAAUCUCUUGAGAUGGGUAGCGCAAGUGAAAAAUAAAUCAAAGGAAGAAACCAAAGCAGAAAGGUUAAGCAGACAAACAGCAGCAACGCUGAAAGGCAAAGGAAAGAUGAACUCUGCACAUGUACACAACCUAAGGCCGGAGGAGCUGUAUGCUACUUUUGGUUCACCAUCAGGCUGUAAUCUAACCUUAGUCACCCUUUGUGAUUUGCUUUGAAGUUCAAGACAUUUGUGAAGCCUUCAAGUAUUGUUUCAAACUAACACAAAUACCUCAGGCUGGCUGCUCUUACCACUCCAGAGUGCUUCACGUACCUCUCCACUGCAGAGCCCAGGCAAUUCCAGUGCUCAUCCCCCAUUCCCUGCAUGUGCUGUUCUAAGUUCCCUUGCAAAACACAUGAAAUUAGUCAGGGCUGGGAAUUGCUGCUGUAGAUACUAUUAGCACACAUUUAUCAGCUCA